AUGACUCGAGAAGGAAUAUUCUCAGGGAAUUCUGCAACUACUCUCGGUAUCGUUUCUCCUCAACUGCAUAAUAUCUCGCUGAAACCUUCCGAAACACGGAUAUAUAUGGUAACUUGCAAUAUAUCUAUGCAAGGUGUGGUACGUAAGCUAAUGAAAACGACUCUCGAUAUUUUGCUGAUCAGAUCGUUCAAAAUUUCAGUGAGGAGCGAAGAAACUUCAAUGGCGGAAAUAACACUUUCUGAAUCAGUACCUUCUCCAUCAGAGCCCCCUCAGGAAAUCAUUCGAGAUGGAGAAAGAGACAAGGCUAUAUUGAUCAAGGUUUUAAGACAAACAUUAUUACCAUUCUUUGUUGCUGGACUGGGACAAAUUUGCACUGGGCUAUUUUUUGAACGAGCGCAACAUUGGUGGUUUUUUUUAUAUGUACCUGAAGCUUUUAUUUUGGUACCAGCCUUGCUUGGCUUGAAAGGCAAUCUUGAAGUAACAUAUGCAUCGCGAUUCUGUACCCUGACUAAUGCAGGUCAAACGAAUAAAGCGAACGAAAUUUUUUUUAUUGCUCGAUUUAAUUUAUGCCUUGUUGAACUGCAAGCAAUCGUUUUAUCAUUUCUUGCGGCUUUAUUGAGCAGUGCAAUUAGUUUAAUCAAUUGCGAUUUCAAGCAGUCUCAUGGAACGGUGGUGCUUUCAAGCGGCGUUUACGCAGCCUCAUUAUCCUCCUUUGUUGUUGGUUUCGUGAUGAUAGCUAUCGUCGUUUUCUCCCGUCGAUAUGGCGCCGAUCCCGACAACAUUGCUGCGCCACUUACGGCAACUUUCAGCGACUUCGUCACAUUAAUCAUGCUAAUUGGCGUAGGUAUGUUAAUGGUUCACAUAUACAUCCACAAAUUGUACAUCCUCAACAUUGUAGCAGUGAUACUUCUGCUCUGUACAACACCAUUUCUCACUUAUUAUGUCACGCAGGAACCACGUGCCAGGUCCAUUCUCAGGGACAGCUCGUUUGCUAUCACAGCGGCCAUCGUUGUCGGGUGCUGCAGUGGUUUGCUGCUUCAGUCAGCUAUUGUUGUUUUUCCUGGCAUUGCUGCGUUUCAUCCGCUCAUCGCAGGACUCGGUGGUAAUCGAGUAAGUGUACAGUCGAGUCGUCUUGCAACAGCAUUACAUCUCUCAGAAUAUUCCCUCGGUAGACUUCCUGCUGGCACAACUAUAUGGACUUUCUUGAAUCCAUUACGUUUCUUCUGUUUACGUCAUUUGGACUCCAAAGUAGCAUUUUUGCUAUUAGUAACGGCAAUCCCAUACAAUUUUUUGUUCGUCGUAGUGGUCAUUUUCACAGCCAAAAAUAUUGACUUCAGUUGGAUUUUUGUUGUAGCCUAUGUUGUGGCCGCCCUUGUGCAAGGUUUAUUACUGUUUUAUUUAUGCCAAGUGACGGUUUAUGGAUUGUGGUGGUUCCGGAUGGAUCCAGAUAACAGUUCGGUACCGGUAUUGACGUCAAUUGGUGACCUUCUGGGCAUUGGUCUGCUUUAUAUUGUCUUUUCAUUCUUGCAUCGCUUCGCUCCCUCAACUGUUUUUUAUCAACAGUAUCAAACGAUGAAUAUAACACGACAAUGUGGCAUUGAUUUCUGA